CCCCCAACUUCCGUCUCUGGCUUCUCGGAGAAGUGAAAGUAUUGUUCCGGCUAGUGGUAUCAGGUCACUGGUUCACCUGUCCACAUCUCUGCUGCACCUGAACAGAGUCAUCAUGCCUCGGGGUCAGAAGAGUAAGCUCCGGGCCCGUGAGAGACAUCGACAGGCCCGAGAAGGUUCACAGGAUCUGGGUCCUCGGACAGCCACAUUCACCGCCACUACUGCUGCAGCUGUGUCAUACAUGAGAUCAAAUGAAGGCACCAAUGAAGUACAGGGAAGGCCAAGAUCCUCCCAGAAUCCAACAGCCACUGAGCCCUUCCAUAGAAGCCCUCUGGGGGAGAAGGUGUUUAUAUUGGUAUACUACCUGCUAUAUAAGUAUCAAACAAAAGAGCCCAUUACCAAGGCAGAUAUGCUUAGAAAUGUAAUUCAGAUCUAUAGGAAUUACUUCCAUGUGAUCCUCAGGAAAGCCUCUGAUCACUUAGAGCUGGUCUUUGGCCUCGACAUGAAGGAGGUGGAUCCCAAUAGGCACAUCUAUGUGCUCGUCAACAAACUGGAACCAAGCUAUGAUGGGAAGCUGAGUAAUGAGAGUAGUGUGCCUGAGACCGGUCUGCUGAUGACCGUUCUGGGUGUGAUCUUCACAAAGGGUAACUGUGCCACUGAGGAGCAAGUCUGGGAAGUGCUGAAUAUGAUGGGGUUAUAUCCUGGGAGGAAGCACUUCAUCUAUGGGGAGCCCAGGAAGCUCAUCACCAGAGAUUUGGUGAAAGAAAAUUAUCUGGAGUACAGGCAGGUGGUCAACAGUGAUCCUCCACGCUAUGAGUUCCUGUGGGGUCCCAGAGCCCACGCUGAGACCAGCAAGAUGAGGGUUCUUGAAUUUUUGGCCAAGAUCCAUGAUACCAUCCCCUCUGCCUUCCCAUCCUAUUAUGAAGAGGCUUUGAGGGAUGAGGAAGAACGAGCCCAAGCCAGAGCUGCAGCCAAGGCUCUUAUUGCUGCCAGGGCUAAUGCACGCUCCAGGGCCAUGGCCAGUGCCCGUUCCAGGGCCAUGGCUAGCAGCUCCUCCCACCCCUAGUAAAAUGUGAGACAGAUUCUUCAUUUUGUUGUUAAAAAAAAAAAAUACAUGUUCUCCUUAGUGGAAGGUCAGGGUGGGGCAGAGAAAACAGACUGUAUAACAUGUUUAUGUUCCCAUUUUAUAUGUUAAUUUUUAAUUGUUUUUUUCUUUUGAUAGAAGGUUUAUUAGCUUCAAAAAUCCAAGGUUAUGAAUGAUAUUUUCAAAUUUUGUGCUGUAUAUGAGAUUUAAGAGUAAGAGAUUAUUAUUUUGUAAACCAAAUUGGGAAAUUCCUCAUCUUAUUUACUGAUUUGGACUAUGAUAACCUAUCAGUGGAUUAGGAAUUUCCUUGGAAAUGUAAAAGAAUUCAUGAAUUCAAGAAUUCAAGAAUUUCUUGACUUGGGGUCAAGAAAUAGAGAAAAAAGUAAAAGAUGGCCAAAUAUUGCAUUUUCUUUUCACUUUUAGUUCAUUCAAAACUAAAUGAUAUUGCCUGUAUACAUAUACAUAUAGAUUAUUUAAGAAUGUAGGAUUAAUUAUAGCACAAUAAAUUAGACCUCUUGCA